AUGAUUGAAGAAGUGGCCAAGCAUUAUGCAUAUGGAGGUGAUAGAAGGCAACCUCAAACAAAGAAGGGCGAAAUUCAUGAUCUUAGUGCAAUAGAUCUUAUUGCAUCAAAGUUUGAUAUGCUAGCUCACAAGCUAGAUGAAGCCACCCUCACACCCUCAAGCUCUUCCUCGCAAGUCAUGUCUUGUGAGACUUGUGGAGGAAAUGAUCACUUGUCCUCUUAUUGCAACUCAACGAAUCAAGAGCAAGCGGCGGCAAUUGGGCAAAGGAAUGAACAAUACUCCCAAUCCCACAAUCAAAGUUGGAAGCCCCAACAAAACACGGGAUGGAAGCAAUACAACCAAGGCCCCCCACAAAAUAACUACAACCAAAAUCAAACCCAACCUCAAAACCACUACAACCAACCUCAAUCUCAAAACCAACAAGCUCCAUACCGCCAUCCCAACCAAAGGGAUCAAAACCACCAAAGAUCACAAUAUAACCAACCCGCUCCUCCUCCUCCACCUCCUCAAAAGACUAGCCUUGAGUCCGUUCUUGAAACUUUCAUGACUCAACAAAUAAGGAACAAUGCGGAGAUGAAUGCAAACAUCCAACAACUCCAAGCACAUAAUAAGAUAAUGGAGGGCCAAUUGGCUCAAAUUGCACAACAAGUUGGAAGUUCAUCCUCCAAUCCUAGUGGUCACUUUCCAAGCUCAACGGUAGUGAACCCAAAGGAGCAAGCUAAGGCUAUCACUUUGAGAUCGGGAAGGGGUUAUGAGGGCCCGGUUAUGAGUGAAGAGGAGCCACAAAAGAGAGAUGAGGGAGUUGUGGUGAGAAGUGAGGAUGAUUUUGAAAAUGAAGUAGUUGAAGUUGAGAGAAAAGAGCAAAAGAGUGAUGAGGGAGCCACAAAGAAAGACGGGGGAGAUGAAGAAAGAAUAGAAAAGCCCCCUAUGAGAGUAUAUAAGCCCCCCAUUCCGUUUCCUCAUACAAUUGUAGAGAAGAAGUUGAAUGAGAAGUUUUCAAAAUUUCUUGAAGUCAUGAGAGGACUUCAAGUGAACAUCCCCUUUAUUAAUGCUAUGUCACAAAUGCCUACCUAUGCAAAAUUUUUGAAGGAUCUUCUAUCCAACAAGAGUAGGCUUGAAGAGAGUGCAACCAUAUCCCUUCCUAAGGAGGUGAGUGCAAUCAUUCAAAACAAGCUUCCCUAA